UGACAGCGGCGGCGGGGCCGGGCCGGGGCAGCGGGGCUGGGGCGGCGCGGCCGGGGCUCUCCCGGCGCCCCCUUCACCCAGCGCGGCCCUCACGGGCUCGCCGCUCCCCUCGGGCCUGCCGGGGUCACCUUCAUGGGCGGGCGGUAGCGCGGGGUCCGGCGCACGGCCGUGCCCGGGGCCUGGUGAGGCGUCGGCGGGGCGGAGCGGGAGCCGGAGGCGGCGGAACGCGGGGCGAUGUUCGUGCAGGAGGAGAAGAUCUUCGCGGGGAAGGUGCUGAGGCUCCAUGUGUGCACCAUGGAGGGCGCGGAGUGGCUGGAGGAGGUCCCCGAGGACACCACAGUGGAGAAGCUGAAGGAGCGGUGCCUGAAGCACUGUGUACCUGGGAGCUUGGAGGAUCCAAAAACCGUGACACACCAUAAGUUGAUACAUGCUACUUCAGAGAAGGUGCUGACAGACACAAAAACAGUGUUGGAGGAAAACAUUCAAGAUAGAGAUGUCUUGCUUUUAAUAAAGAAGCGUGCACCACCUCCACUCCCCAAAAUGGCAGAUGUGUCAGCAGAGGAGAAAAGGAAACAAGAGCAGAAAGCUCCUGAUAAGGAUGCUAUCCUCAAAGCAACUGCAAAUCUGCCCUCUCGCAAUGUCGAUCGCACUGUGGUCCAUCACAACAUGAGGGAUUUUCCUUUCUUGCAGUUCCAGACAGAGCUCCGGAAGAUCUUAGUGUCUCUCAUAGAAGUUGCACAGAAAUUGCUAGCACUGAACCCAGAUGCAGUUGAACUAUUUAAGAAGGCAAAUGCCAUGCUGGAUGAGGAUGAGGAAGACAGAGUGGAUGAGAUAGCUCUGCGACAGCUGACGGAAAUGGGCUUUCCAGAAAGCAGAGCUGUCAAAGCCCUUCGGUUAAAUCACAUGUCAGUGACACAGGCCAUGGAGUGGUUGAUCGAACACGCGGAUGACCCUACAGUGGAUGCUCCACUUCCUGGUCAGGCUCCAUCAGAAGCCACAGCUGAAGCUGCUGCAUCCUCUGCAGAAGCAACUGCAGGGCCUAGUUCAGAAGCAAGUGGGGAAGAGGCCAAGGAUGAGCUGACAGAAAUAUUCAAGAAAAUCCGGAGGAAAAGAGAGUUUCGCCCAGACCCACGAGCUGUCAUUGCCCUGAUGGAGAUGGGAUUUGAUGAAAAAGAAGUGGUAGAUGCUCUCAGAGUAAACAACAACCAGCAAAAUGCGGCCUGUGAAUGGCUGCUGGGAGACAGAAAGCCUUCUCCAGAGGACUUAGAUAAGGGCAUUGACACCAACAGCCCUCUCUUCCAAGCCAUCUUAGAAAACCCAGUGGUACAGUUAGGGCUAACCAACCCUAAAACUCUACUAGCCUUUGAGGAUAUGCUUGAAAACCCCUUGAACAGCACCCAGUGGAUGAACGAUCCAGAAACCGGGCCCGUCAUGCUACAGAUCUCGCGGAUCUUCCAGACGCUCAAUCGCACGUAGAGGGAAAUGCCAGCCCACUGUGCCACCUCCUCCUGUCCCUCACUUCACCCUCUCCUCAGCAGCAGCGUGCACAGAUUGUCUGGGGAGGUGAUGGGGGGACACACGGAUGGAAGGGGACAGAUCCUGUCUGAAUGGGGGGGUCUCACACGAGAGCUUCCGUAGUUAACGGCCAACCGAAGUUAAUUGCCUUGUGGAUUUAGUGUUAGUGGAAGAGGUUUGAAGACUUGUUUAUGUUUUCAGGUAUUAGGUUUAAAAUAAAAUAUAUCAAAAAAUAGGAAAAGGUUUUGUGAAAACAAUGAAGAAUCUGAUUGUUGGGAAGAAACACGACACUGCUCGUCCAAACGGCCCGUGACAGUAGUUUUUCCAGCCAGUUUUGCUAGCGCCUGGCUGGUGUUUACAAAAGGUCACUGACCACUAGCAUAGGAUAUUAAUCAUCUGCACACAGUAUUAAUUUAUGGCUAGGUCAAAUUACAAAAUGCUUUUUAAAAUUGAUUCUUAGGAAAUGGGGGUUUUUUAAAGAAGUCCAAAUGCUGGCAGAGCAGGCACGUUGCUGUCCAAACUCCUGGGUCUUGAUUCUAACUUACAAACUCCUGGGUCUUGAUUCCAACUUAAACACAGUAAUUCAGAGAUGGAAUUCUUUUAAUAAAUAGCAUUACUUUUUCCUAUUUA